GACACCUUUAAAUAGCCAUUUCAAUCAAAUAUCACAAACAAUACCACAACGCAAAAGAAAAAAGAUAACCCAAAAAAAAAAAAAACUUGUCAAGGACACAAUUAUGGCAUUGAAGAAGAGUCUCUCAGCUUCUCUUCUUUCACCAUUUCUGAUCAUAUGUCUUCUUAUUGCAUUGCUCUCCGUUCCGGUUUCUGUCGGAGCUCGCCGGUUAUUGGAAGAUCCCAAACUACCGGAGAUACCGAAAUUGCCGGAACUACCUAAACCAGAGAUGCCAAAUUUACCCGAAUUCCCCAAGCCUGAGUUGCCUAAGAUCCCGGAGAUUCCAAAACCUGAGUUGCCUAAGUUACCGGAGAUUCCCAAGCCUGAGAUGCCUAAGCUACCGGAGAUUCACAUGCCUGAAUUGCCCAAGUUUUCAGAGAUUCAAAAACCAGAAUUUCCGAAGAUGCCGGAGAUUCAUAUGCCUGAGCUGCCUAAGUUGCCUGAAGUUCCAAAGUUUGAAGCUCCGAAGUUGCCGGAAUUGCCAAAACCUGAAGAAGCCAAAGUGCCGGCGUUUACAAUGCCGAAGUUUCCUGGAUCUCAUUAAGCCCAUUAAUUACUUAUAUCAGAAGAAGAAGAAGGAGGCCCAACUACUUUGAAACUCAGCCCAGUUUCUAAAACUGUCUAUCAAUUGUUUGUCUAUCUACACUUUUACAGAGAUAGCUUAUCUUAGCUCAUCCUGUUUACCCUUGUUGAGUUAUUGUUUGUUAUACACUCUCACUUGUAUUCGAUUAUGUAGUUGUAAACUUGUAAUGCUUGAUUACCAUCUCGUUUGUUUGUACUGGGGAUUGCACAACACUAAAUAAAUAUCGAUUUUAGGGGAAAGA